GAGAAUUGAAUACUCUACCCUAAGUCCCACCGUAACCAUUUCUGCAUAUUUGUUCUAGCACCUUCUUUCUUCCUCGUUCUCGUUUUCUUCUACAGUUCAACACCACGCUCUGAACCCGUAACAUCUCACCACCGCUCUUAGGUUUCAAACUCCAGUCUCAGUUCACUUCUCUCCGGAAGUUAACCGUAUCUCUUUUCCUUUGCUUACGAGCUUCUCAUUCUUCAACAAUGUCGACGGUAAUGCAGAAAAUCAAAGACAUAGAAGAUGAGAUGGCAAAGACUCAAAAGAACAAGGCUACCGCUCAUCAUUUGGGGUUACUGAAGGCUAAACUUGCAAAACUGCGGAGGGAACUCCUUACACCUACAACUAAGGGAGGUGGCGGUGCUGGUGAAGGUUUUGAUGUUACUAAAAGUGGGGAUGCAAGAGUUGGUCUCGUGGGCUUCCCGUCAGUUGGAAAGUCUACUCUGCUGAAUAAAUUGACUGGGACAUUUUCAGAGGUUGCUUCCUAUGAGUUCACUACACUAACUUGCAUUCCAGGUGUGAUCACAUAUCGUGGAGCAAAAAUUCAGUUGCUGGAUCUCCCUGGAAUUAUUGAGGGCGCCAAGGAUGGAAAGGGAAGAGGAAGGCAGGUUAUUAGUACUGCAAGGACAUGCAAUUGUAUUUUAAUUGUUCUCGAUGCAAUAAAACCAAUUACUCACAAGCGUCUUAUUGAAAAAGAGCUAGAAGGAUUUGGUAUAAGGUUAAACAAAGAGCCACCAAACCUGACUUUCAGGAGGAAAGAAAAGGGUGGGAUUAAUUUCACCUCAACUGCUACAAACACCCAUCUAGAUCUUGAUACCGUGAAGGCUAUAUGUAGCGAGUACAGAAUUCAUAAUGCAGAUAUUACUUUAAGGUACGAUGCCACUGCGGAUGACCUUAUAGAUGUCAUUGAGGGCAGCAGAGUAUACACACCAUGCAUCUAUGUUGUGAACAAGAUUGAUCAGAUUACACUUGAGGAACUGGAGAUCUUGGAUAAGCUUCCUCAUUACUGCCCUGUCAGUGCACACCUGGAGUGGAACCUUGAUGGGCUCCUGGAUAAAGUUUGGGAGUAUCUCAAUUUAACUCGUAUUUAUACUAAACCUAAAGGUAUGAAUCCUGAUUACGAAGACCCUGUAAUAUUGUCAUCUAAGAAGAAGACAGUUGAAGAUUUCUGCGAUCGCAUUCACAAGGACAUGCUUAAACAGUUUAAGUAUGCUCUGGUCUGGGGUUCAAGUGCAAAACACAAGCCUCAGAGAGUCGGCAAGGAACAUGAACUUGAAGACGAAGACGUUGUUCAGAUCAUCAAGAAAGUAUGAACACAGUCAGACUUCCAAAAACCGACAACAUUGCCUGCAUGAGAUACUAGAGGAUGUCUGAGCAAAGGGUUAUUGGAUCACACUCCAAUUACUCGUUACUCGUUUCUUAUUCAGAUAGGGAUUAGGUGAAAUAUACAAAAUUUGAUGGGUAGUUAAACCAUUUGUUGUUGAGUGGUGCUGUUUUCCUGUUGGUUUUGGAAGUUAUGCGUCUUGUGGGAUUAUACAUGUCUCUAACAGAGUAAUUGGGGCCUGUUUUUUGUGAAGACUACAACUUGCUGGAUAUUUAGUAAGCACUGUGAUUGUUAGUUCUAGGUGGAUAUUCGGGUAUGCAUAUGCAUAUGCUGGACAAUCUUAAUGAAAUUACGCAUCAGUUUGGUACUGCAUUCAUGUAAAAUUUCAUUUAUGCUCAACCGUCUUAA